CAGUACGUACUAAUCAGUAUGUAUGUGUAGUAUGAAUACAAUCACGGAUAUACUACAUCCACCAUGUUGGUGUUGUCAUGUGACCUUCGACAUCAUCAUAAACACAAAAAUCAUAAAGGGACCACCGGAUUAAAGCAACCUCACUACAAACAGAAAAAUGCACAUCAGGAAAGUUAACUGAAUUGGUAGUUUAAUGUGGGCAGUGUUAACAGGCUGACGUAAUUUCGUUGCCAUUAGUUUGACCAAUGGAGGCAUGAUGGAGAUCACAAAAAAGGUUUCAAACACUGUGACAACUGUUUUCUUGUUUAAACCUUCAACAAGUUAACAAUUUAUUUGCGCAUUGUUAAACAAGUUAUGUUUAACCAAGGUUUAAUACUUAAAAAGGGCCGACGCACUGUCUCCCGCCAUUUUUGUUUUCUGAGCUCGUCCGCACAAGUUCUGUUGCAUUAUGGGAUUUUUUAUUUGCGUAGUGUCCAUCGGUUGCAUACUGCAAAAUCUCACCGGAAGCAGUACGCCAUCCAGGUAUUUCUCGCCUACUGAGAAUUCAGACGUACUACCCAUCUGGCGUACUGUCAUAGAGAUAGGUGGAUUGGCUAUGCUAAAUUGUCCCUAGGUAUGAAUUAGCGUAUGAAUGCAUAAUGUGUAAACAGUUUGCCAGAGAUGCAAUCCAGAGUUUGCCAUCCAGGGUGAAUUCUUCCGCCCAGUGUUUCCAGCACAAGCUCCAAAUCCACCAUGACCAUGACCAGGAUGACAAGUGGUUACUGAAGAUGAAUAAAUGAUGAAUAAAACCAUGUUAGAGAGGAGGACAAUGUUAGUACAAUGAAUUGGUAUAGGAAGUAAUUUUUUUAAAUUAGCAAUCAUUAAAGCUGCCAGUAAAGAGUCUUGAUAAAUGUAUUCCUUGUAUUUUGAUGGAUGUGGGUUCUAGUUAAUCUGUGCUAGAGCCUCAGAGGGAAUGUGGUGCACAGCGAGGGGUGAUAAGUGCCUUCCGGUAGGUGGGAAUUAGUCAAUUUCUGGCUUUGUAGACAAUCAUCAGUGUUUUGAAUCUGUUGCGGGCACCCACAGUAAGCCAGUGAAGGGAAUGCAGUAACGUGGUGGUGUGGGAUAACUUGGGGAGAUUGAAAAAAGUGUUACAGCUGAAUUCUGGAUCACUUGCAGGGAGCAGGUGGCACUCAGGGGAAGACCUGUCAGGAGCAAACUGCAGUAAUCCAAUCUUGAGAUGACAAGGGACUGAACAAGCACUUAAGCGGCCUUAGUAGAGAGAAAUGGUAUGAUGAAAGAGUUAUUCAAGGAGAUCACAAGAUUUUUGACAUGGGGAUACAUUUCCAGAGAUCUACUGAAGCUUGGCUCUACAGCAAAAAAUAAAAUUUUAUUUCACUGUCCCAUAAACUAGGCUUUGACAUCAGGGAUCAUGGUAUUGUGGAUCUUCAGAUUGGGAGGUUGCCUGGGACCUAAAGUAUAUUCUGAGGUACCAGAUGGUGGCUGGGGUUGGAUUGUGGCUGUGGCCUUUUUUCUUGUCGAAGUCUUCACGUAUGGAGUCAUUAAAAGCUUUGGCAUAUUCCUCAAUGAUCUGAUGUGUGAGUUUAAUGAAACCAACAGUCGAGUUUCAUGGAUAGUCUCAAUAUGUGUGUUUGUAAUGGCUUUUACAGCACCACUGUCAACUAUAUUGAGCAACAGAUUUGGCUGCCAGCCUGUUGUGAUCCUCGGCGGAUUCAUAAUUUGCUUGGGAACAACAUGUACUGCAUUCACCAGCUGCAUGAAUCAGAUUUACAUCACAAUCGGGAUAGUUUCAGGUCUCGGUUACUGUUUGACAUUUCUCCCGACUGUCACCAUCUUGUCCCAAUACUUCAGUAGACGUCGGUCCCUGGUCACUGCCAUGGCCUCGACAGGAGAAUCAUUUGCCAUAUUUGCUUUUGCACCAGCGUUUACAGCACUUAAAACACAUAUUGGCUGGAGAUACACAAUGGUGGUGCUUGGAAUGUUACAGGGUACCAUCCUUGUCUGUGGACUUCUGCUUUGCCCCAUCAUAAUCAAGCCAAAGACUACCGAAAGUUUUACCAAACCACUGAGAAAGCAGGAGCUCAAUUACUCUCUCCCUGAUACGGAACUCAGUGGCUCAAUGAGCUCCAGAGACUCAGGGGUGCAGUCAUUCAAGGAGUUGGAACAGGGUCUCCAAAUGGGGGGACAGCAAAAAGACGGUGAUGCGUUUCAGACUCCUCAAUGUCAACAGGAUACAACAAGGCUGUGCAUAAACAAACUCAUGGACCUUUCUGUGUUAAAGGAAGGAAGCUUCUUAUGUUAUGCUGGAUUUGGUCUUUUUGCAACACUGGGCUUCUUUGCCCCACAGCUAUAUAUUGUGGAGCUCAGUGUGAGUAUGGGGACUGAAAGGGACAAGGCAGCCUACAUGCUGUCAAUAAUGGCAGUGGCCGAGAUCUUUGGACGACUCGCCAUUGGCUGGAUCCUGAGCUGUGGACGCAUUAGGAAGAUAUUUGUCCUACUUGGAUGCGUGUUGCUGAUAUGUCUAGUAUUAGUGCUCUUCACAGUGGUAAAGGGCUUCUGGGGCCUGGCCGUCUGCUGUGCCUUGUAUGGCUUCCUGUUAGGCAAUAUUGCAUCCACACACAUCCCCAUGCUGGCCGAGGAUGACAUAGUGGGAAUCAACAGAAUGCCCUUAGCUGUAGGUGUCUACGUAUGUAUCCAGAGCUUUGCCGGACUUGCUGGGCCACCUUUAGGAGGUCUUUUGGUGGACAUCACACAGAACUACAGCUCUGCCUUUUACUCGUGUGCUGCUGGUACAGGGAUAGGUGCACUCUUUCUAGGGCUGGUACGUCCAGCAAAGACAGGUUUUCUGUGCACUAAGAGAUCUCAGCACUUGCCAAAACAGCCUUGACUUGGACAAACUUUCAGAAACUGGCAAACAUGUAGAUGUCUGAGCAUGUUACACUGAGUCCAAACUGAGGUAAAUCUGAUUUGUCACUUGUAUUCAAAAACAAUAAUUACAGACCAAAAAAACAAAACAAAACAAGGUUAUCUACCCUUAAACCUAUCGAACAAUCACAACGUGCCUUCAAUUUGGAAUAUUUAUGGUAGUAGUAGCUUGAGUAUGAGACUGUUGUACUCUGCCUUUAACCUCAUGAUUUUGGACCAAUUAUCUUUCUUUCUCUUCCAAUUAAAUAUGUUGCUUCUAAAUCUAACUUUAGGUAAAUUCAGGUCAACACACUAGUGUUAGUGCUAGUACUUUGUGCUCAUGAUAAUCUAAAGUCAAUACAUAGUGUACAACUGUUUUUUCAUGGUCAGUAAUAUGAACUCAACUGUCAAUGUCUUCAAAUAUUCAAGUACAGUGUGACAAUAAGAAUGUGAGGGUCACUGCAUUUGAAUCUAAUGCAAUACUUUUACAAUGACUGAUCAAAGUUGUGAAAACUACAGGAACAGUUUAAUUCAUCAUUCCAACUGUACUAGAAGUACUAUACCUUAUACAAUUAUUAUAUAACUAUACUGUUACUAGACCUUGAUUUUGUAUGUUUGGAAAUAGUGUACAACCCCAAUUCCAAAAAAGUUGGGACGCUGUGUAAAAUGUAAAUAAAUACCAUCCAGAUACCAUCCCAUCUUUACUUCUGAUAGAAUCUGCCUCUCUAAGAUUUUCUUUUUAUACCCAAUCAUGUUACUGACAUGUCAAUUAACCUAAUUAGUUGCAAAAUGUUCCUCCAGCAGUUUUUUUUAAUAACACUUUUCCAGCCUUUUGUUGCCCCUAACCCAACUUUCUUGAGACGUGUUGCCGGCCAUCAAAUUCAAAAUUACCUUAUUUUUUCCUUAAAAUGGUAGAUUUCCUCAGUUUAAACAUUUGAUAUGUUUUCUAUGUUCUAUUGUGAAUAACAUAUGGGUUUAUGAGAUUUGCAAAUCAUUGCAUUCUGUUUUUAAUUUACAUUUUACUCAGCAUCCCAACUUUUUUGGAAUUGGGGUUGUACAUUCACACAGUAUGAUGUUUAUACGUCUGGAAUAGAAAUAUGUUUUUCACACAAAGACACUUUUUUU